AUGGCGGGCAUCCAUCCCUCCAGACAGUCCCAGUCCCGUCUCAGGUCUGCCUCUGAUCCCUUCACUGACCCCGCCGCCGCCGCCAGACACACCAAGCAGCACCCUCCCCACCCUCCGCCCCCGCCACACAAGUCCCACAGGAUGCCCGCCGCCGUCCACUCCUCCCGCAACUCCAGCCAGAACGACAUCGUCGACGCUGUCCGCGACACCGUUCAGCUCCGCUCCGAUCCCCGCGCAAAGGUCUCUCGCACCCAGACAGCUAUGUCUCCCACCAGUGCUUCCCGUCCAUCCGGCAAGCGUUCCCAGUCAGAAGACACUACCUAUAUCUCGGAAAAGGCCCGUUCUCCAGCUCCUCCAGCAAAGUCUCGCUCCAGUAAGAAGGGUUCUCAGCAUGCAGAUGUCAUCGACAGACUCGAUUUUACCGGCGUGGGCCCCAUGUUCCAUCACGACGGUCCAUUCGAUGCCUGUGCUCCAUCCCGGAACAAACAUCGCAACAAGGCUCCUAUGUAUGCCUAUGGCCAGGACGACGCUCCUGCCCCACGCUAUGGCGACAGUGCUUAUCCCGCUCCCGGCGCAUACAAGGCCUUUACAAACGACUAUCCCGACCCUCCAAAGAAGAAAGUAGACGCCAUCGCCGAGGCGUGGGGCAUCCACGAGCCUGAGCCUUUUGAAGAGUUUUUCGCUGGCGGUGGAUCCGCCCGUCCUGAUGGUGAUACCCCUGCAAGCUCCAUCUACAACGGCAAAGAGCGAAAUGUACCUGCCUCGUCAUCGAGGCGCCCCACCAAGGACACCCGCGAUUCCCGGGAGGGCCGGCCUCAUGUUGCCGCACGUAGGUCUCUCGUCCCGCCUCCCCAGCCUAUUUUCGUCGCAGACGCAGAUAUGAUGGAUCCUCCUACGGGCUCUCCCCCCGCUACCUCCCCAGGUUUCCCAAAACGAUCCAAAUCUAUCAUGCAGCGCUUCCGAAAAAUGCGCGAUUCCCCAAAUGUACCCGUCUCAUCCACCGACUAUGAUUAUGAACACCAGGCCCCACCCCCGCAGUCCCCGCCCCUGCCUGCCGAGUACGCCAAUGGCAAUCGGCCGACCCACAAAUCCCAGAAUUCGUUCCUUGGGCGUCUGGCUGGAGGUAAUCGGCCUAAUCAGUCCCCACAAGGCGAAGUUACGCCGAGCGCGGAACCCUUUGUUUUCAUUGACGCCCAUACCAACAGGGACAAUAACAAAGACUUGCCCCCGCCUCCUCAGAUGAACGAGGAGCCUUCUACCUCGGGCGAAGGCUAUUUUGACAAUUCACAAAGCAACGGCCUUGGCUCUCCUGGUGGAGGAGGCGGUCUGGGGCGGAAGACCAGUUUAAUGAAGAAGGUCGGAAGGGUCGUGCGAGGGACCAAGUAG